GUGUUUGGGAGUUUAGAAGCAAGAGUAGCAGUAUGGAAGCUGAUUGCUGCUUAGCUGGUGGAUGCAAAGGUUAUAUGUUUGCGUUAGAAGUGAAGGAAGAACUUGCGACAUGGCCAGAGCAAGAAAACCGCGAGAGAAGAUGGUUGAAUGUUAAAGAAGCCUUGGAGCUGUGUCGGUAUGAGUGGAUGCAGAGCGCGCUUGAAGAGUUUCUAAGAGUAAUGGCAGAAGAAGGAAGCACAAAGGAAGACUUUAUUGACAUUUCCAGCAUUUCGAAUAGAGGAGAGCGUCAAAUUGAUCCUCAGUACUGCUCUGUAGUUAAUUAGUUUCGUUUCUCUAGGUUUAUCAAACGUCCCAACUGUAAUAUAUUAUUGAAAGCUUCUUCUGGAAACAAAGUUAAGACAUGAUGAGAAGCAAAUGGGUUAAGACCCUGUGACUUGAAUGUGUUUCUCAAAAGUAAAAAGACAAACGGAGAUUAUAUUAACUCA